AUGGAAAACGAAUUUGAAUAUUUAAUAACGCUUCUUUCAACAUCUCCUUUACCAAAUGAUAUAUUUCAACAAAUAAAAAAUUAUCUUCAACAACAAACAAAUGAUCUUUUACCAUCAUUUAUUUCUCAAUCAUUUCAAUCAUUAGUUAUACUUGAACAUUGGGCAUGGAAAUUACUUAGUCAUAAUUUUCAUCAAUUCAUAAAUCAAACAAAUUAUCUUGAAUUAUUUCAUUGUCUUGGUUUAUUUAAUUAUAUGUUAAUAUUUAAUAAUAAACAAAUUGAAGCUCAUAUUAAAUUAUCACUUAUUAUUCCAGAUAAUAUUCAAUUAAUUGAUGAAAUAUUUAAUCAAAUUGAAAAAAUUAAAAAUUUCAAUGAUCCAUUUUAUACUAUAAUUAGUUGUUGGUUUGAAAAUAUAUCAUAUUUAAUACAUGAACAUACACAAUUUGAAACAUCAUCUAUUUUUAUUCAUAUAUGUCAACGUUUAGGACAUAAUUAUCUUUUAUCUGAUCAAUAUAAAGAUUAUUUAAAACAAUUAUGUCAAAAAGAUAUUUCACAAAUAAUAUUUACAACAAAACAAUUAUUUUAUAUAAAAACAUGUUCAUUUGUAUUUCGUAUGUAUAUAUGUUCAAUAAUUGAUAAAACACCUUUUAAAGGUGAUGAAUUACUUAAACGUUAUGGUAAUGAUUAUUUACAAAUAAUUCUUAUACAUAGUUAUACAGUUGAUACAUGGAAUCAACAAUUAUUAACAUGUAUAACACAUCUUAUUGAUUUUAUAUGUGCUUGUUGUUGGUGGGGAACGGAAAAAGCAAUAUAUAUUAAAAUACUUCUAUCAUCGGAAACAAUUAUUUAUGAACAUAUUCAAGGACUUAUACGUAUUGUUGGUUGUAAAAAAUUUCAUGAACGUAUUGCAUCACAAUGGUGUAAUGAUGAAACAAUACUUAUUGAUUCAAUAUUUAUUUUUUUUAUGGGUUCUUUAUUACAAAUAAAAAAUUUAAGUUGUUUUAUACGUUCAGAAACAAUAUUAUCUAAUAUAAUAUUAGCCAUAGCACAAAAAUCAUGUUAUGAUCGUAUAUCUGUAUGUGCAUAUGGAAUUUUAGCUGAAAUAUUAUCUGAUGAACAAUUAAAAGAAGUUACAAUAACAGAUAAUAUAUCAGAAUUUUUCUUUCGUAUUUUGGAACUUGCAUGGAAUCAUCCAACACAACGUUAUAAACGAAUACCUAUUCCACAAUUAUUAACAGGUUUUUUAACUGUAUCAAAAAAUGAUGCAAUUCAACAAAAAACUGCUAAAUCAAAUAAAAUUUCACUUUUAAUAGAAAUGUCUGAACAAUAUCCAAUAACAUUAGAUAUAUUAUGGAGUCUUUCAUUUAAUCAUGAUAUUCAAGAACAAUUACGUACAAAUCGUUCAUUUAUGAAUAAAUUAGCUCGUUUAAAAGAAGAAUGUAAUAAUGAAAAAAUGCGUAAAAUUACAUUUGGUUUACUUUGGAAUCUUGAAUCAAGUCAUCAAGAUCGUACUAUAUUAGAAAUAACUGAUGAAAAAAUAUUUGAUAUUAUGAUUAGUUAUUCACAUAAAGAUGAAAUUAUUUGUCAAACAAUUUAUGAAGAACUUAUUAAAAAAGGUUAUCGUGUAUGGAUUGAUUAUGUUCAAAUACAUGGAAAUGUAAUGGAUGCUAUGGCACAAGCUAUUGAACGAUCACAUAUAAUUAUUAUUUGUAUGAGUGAACAAUAUCGUAAAAGUAAUUAUUGUCGUGCUGAAGCACAUUAUGCAUUUCAACGUGAACUUAAAAUUGUUCCAAUACUUUUACAAGAACAUUAUAAACCAGAUGGAUGGCUUUUAUUUCUUAUUGGUCAAUUACUUUAUGUUGAUUUUACUAAAUAUGAAUUUUCACGUGCAAUGGAAUUAUUAAUUGAAGAAUUAAAAGCUCCUUGUGUACAAGAAACACGAGUAAUACCUGUUCAAUAUAAACAAGAUAAAACUCUUGUAUGUUCAUCAACAUCAGAACUAUCAAAACUUCCUGAAAAUAUUAUUGAUUGGACACAAAUAGAUGUACAAAAUUGGUUAAUAGGAUCAAAUCUAAGACAAAUGGCUCGUCUUCUAACUGAUUUCGAUGGACCAAGUUUGAAUAAUUUAUAUGAUUUGAUAGUACGAACUGAACCUCAACAAAUUUUGUCAUUAUUUCAUGAUGAUUGUUCACGAAAAAUUAAUGAAAGUAUUUCAUUACUAGAAUUAGCACGAUUUCGUACAUUACUCAAUGAACGACAAGGAUCAAUUAAAGUAAAUAAAUUAAUAAAAAAAAGUAACAUUAUAUUAAAUCUUCUAACUCAUUGUCGUAUGAUGUAA